CUUGUCCCCGAUCUUGUCAGUGCACUCAAGAAUCGCGCUAGAGGCUACAUUGGUAGCUCUCAUCAAGAAGAACAAACACACUCAGCUAUUUUUCCUGAGUCUCCCGUUUUUGCGGCAUUUCAUAGUGCGAUACGCGACUUUGGGAGGGAGGAUUACGACGCCAUUUCGGAUGAUAUCCUCCUGGAAGCCUUUCGCACCACAAUCCCGUUCACGAACUACAACUCUUACGAACCCUUCGUGGCUAAAUUCCUAACGGAAACUUGUCAGGAGGACGAUGUUCGAGAUAUGUUCUCGCCCGGUUUGCCUCAUCACAUAGCGGUCACAAGUUCGACCUCAAGUCCAAAGCCAAAGUUUUUCUGCAAGUACCAACACCAAGACUCGAUGCGCCGUAACCUUGGUGACAGUGGGGAGAUCUUCUGGACCUUUUCCCUCCACUAUCGUCAGUUGGUGAAAAUCCAAGAUCGCAAUGGAGACAUCAUUAAAACAGUCCCCGCCGGUUUGGGGUCAUCUGGAGGGGUUCGUAUGCUGCAUGGUUUGGAAGUGGAAAACGAUCACUCGAAUAUCAAGUUGGCGGGGGAGUGGUCCACUUCUCCGAUCGCCGUCGGCUUCAUCCGCGACUAUCGCGCAUUCUUGCUCACGCACACACUCUUUGCACUCGCAGAUGGCAAGGUCGAGAUGAUAUUUAUAAUCUUUACUACGUCCGCAGUUGAUAUGAUACGGUAUAUGGAAGAAGAGUGGGAAACUCUGAUUGCUUCCAUUGAGACAGGUGAACUUCCCCCCUGGGAUGAGAUCAAAGAAGUCCGCGAAUACCUUCAACCCCAUUUUCCUCCACGCCCGGAGCGCGCUGCUCAGCUUCGUGCAGUCGGUAAAGCAGCGGAUCAAGCAGGCUGGCUAGUGAAAAUUUGGCCGAUGCUCAAGAGCACUCUUUCCAUUGGUAGUGGUGUUUUCUCCGUCGCGGUUCCGAAGUUGCGAUUCUACUUGGGCCCCGACGUGCAGCUGCGUAGUCUCGGGUUUCUCACUUCCGAAGCCCACGUUGCUUCAGUCUACGACCCUUCAGGUUUGAACCUUUUCAAAGUGUCAUCACAAGACCUCAUCGAAUACCUUGACGUGGUCAAGGAGGACAAUGUGUCUAGUAUCGUACCCCCUUGGCUAGUUGAGAUCGGGAAACAUUACGAGAUCGUGUGCACCACUCGUGACGGACUGUGGCGCUACCGUCUUGGGGAUAUCGUCGAAAUUGCAGGCUUUGAUCCGACCGAUGGCUCACCUAUCAUUCGCUACUUCGGGCGACGAAAGCAAGAAAUGCGUAGUGUUAUUACGUGGAUGGCAGGUGGUGCGCUAACCGAACAGCAUAUCACCGCUGCUAUCUUAGCGGUGCAAGAUACCCUUGCUCCGAUAGUCGAAUUCACUGCCAUCAUCGAUAGCCAUAGCGGGAUUCCCACCCUUGCAUAUCUUGUCGAAGUUCAUGGCGAACUUCAUCCCGAGGCCACCAAAGCUCCCAUGAAGCUUCACGGCGAACUCUGCCGUCUGAACGAGGAAUUUGAUCCACGGAGAAUGCAGAUACCGACCAUCAGGGUGUUGGAGCCCGGGGCGUUCGGGGAGUACAGACAAUGGAGAAUUGAAGUGACCAACUCUGGUUCUGGACAAACGAAGGUCCCUGUGUUGAUGUGGGACAAUAGUGCCCGAGAGUGGAUGUUAGCGCGGGUCCGGAGGGAGUUGGCUGCAGACCCUAACACCGGAGCCUUGCAAGGCUGA